ACAUUGGCUUUUGUCUUAUUUGUUGGGUUUCUAUCAACCUGAACUCCUAAUCCAACAAACUUUUUUUUAUUUAGAAACCAACCAAGUUGUGUUAUUUCUAUUUGGUUUGGCUAUAUCUCUAUGGCACUAGUCAAAGACCUAUGCUAACCUUUUCUUCUCCCUCUAAAUACAAAUUCUGAGAUUCAUAUUCAUCCGUCUGUGUACAAAAUGGCAGGAUAGGAAGACUGCUUCUUGGUUUCUAAUUUCACAGUGGAUUUUGCUGCCCGGAGAUUCUGCCAGCUAAAGACAAAUAAAGAUAUAGGUGCUAUCGAAAGGGUUCUGCGCAUGAUGUAAUUUCUGGCUACAAGAGUUCUUCAUUUUCUCGUUUUGCAAAUAAGGACACAGUCAUCCUAGAAGAUUCAACAAGAUUACAUCACUGAGAGACUCUGCCUGGUUUACUAUUUCUCAAGCCAAAAAUUCACGUGAAGCAAAUAACAGGCGAAUCAUGUCAUUAGUUAGGUCUGCUGAUCUAGCUCCUACAUCAUAUGAAAAUGCUAAGCUCUUCUCACUGAAGGGAACUGAUGUUAGACCAGGCCUGUCCUCCCAAAUUUUUGAUCCUGAUAAGCAUAGGAGCAUGUACAUGACCGAUGCUUACUCCGGCGAGGGUUAUGAGAAGUACUUCCAUGACUCACAAACAGAAGAACUGAUAGAACCAUCUAGUUCCAGCAUCUCUGGAAGUUCAAUUCACCCUGAUGUAGCCUCUUCUUACCAGCUCAGAGCCAGUUCAGGAGCUUCUAUGGUUGCCAAUAACCCGUCUGAUUCUUCUUUCAUGUCUACAAGGCAUCAUGAUGCUUACCAGUCAAACUCAGGAUCAGAUUUGAUGGAGAACGGAAGCCUGGAUUCACGCGACGAUGAAGGUCUAAUGAGAUUAAGACUAAAAGCACUGGAGAGGGCAUUGCUUGAUGAUAGUGAUGCUGGGGAGGAUGAAGAGGAGGAGGAGGAGGAAGAGGAAGACAUAUUUGAGGCUGCACAAAGCAUGGAAAUUGAUCCUGACAUUGCUGAGUGGGCUGAUUCAAUGCAUAAUAUGCUGCUCCAUGGUUCACCAAAGGAGUCCUCUUCUUCAGAUUCCAAUACCAGCAGCAUCAGCAGCACCAAAGAAAUAUCACAAACUUCUCAGACCCCCAAGAAGUUGCUUUAUGAAUGUGCUAUUGCACUUUCUGAAGGAAAUGAAGUGGAAGGAUCAUCUAUGAUAAACAAUCUCCGGCAGAUGGUCUCAAUUCAGGGAGAGCCUUCUCAAAGAAUUGCAGCCUAUAUGGUUGAGGGACUUGCAGCUCGCCUGGCCGAAUCCGGAAAAAGUAUUUACAAAGCUCUGAGAUGCAAGGAGCCUCCAACUUCAGAUCGUCUAGCAGCUAUGCAGAUACUGUUUGAGGUUUGCCCAUGUUUCAAAUUUGGAUUCAUUGCUGCUAACAAUGCAAUUACAGAAGCAGUGAAAGAUGACAUGAAGAUUCAUAUAAUAGAUUUUGACAUCAAUCAAGGAAGUCAGUACAUAAAUCUAAUCCAAACACUUGCUUCAAGGUCAAGCAAGCCACCACAUGUUAGGUUGACUGGAGUUGAUGAUCCAGAAUCUGUGCAGCGAUCUGUUGGAGGCCUACGGAACAUAGGACAAAGACUAGAAAAACUGGCAGAGGCACUUGGUUUGCCAUUUGAGUUUCGAGCAGUGGCAUCAAGGACUUCCAUUGUCACCCCAUCAAUGCUCAACUGCAGUCCUGAUGAAGCACUAGUGGUAAACUUUGCAUUCCAGCUUCAUCACAUGCCCGAUGAGAGUGUUUCGACAGUAAACGAACGGGACCAACUUCUUCGCUUGGUGAAGAGCCUGAAUCCAAAGCUUGUGACAGUUGUGGAGCAAGAUGUGAACACAAACACCACCCCCUUCUUACCUAGAUUUGUUGAGGCCUACAAUUACUACUCUGCUGUGUUUGAGUCACUUGAUGCUACUCUUCCUAGAGAAAGCCAGGACAGGAUGAAUGUUGAAAGGCAAUGCUUAGCAAGGGACAUUGUCAAUGUUGUUGCGUGUGAGGGCGAGGAUAGAAUAGAGCGGUAUGAAGUUGCUGGAAAAUGGAGAGCAAGGAUGACAAUGGCUGGCUUCACUUCAUCCCCAAUGAGCACAAAUGUCACCGAUGAAAUCCGAAAACUCAUUAAGACGGUGUAUUGCGACAGGUACAAGAUUAAGGAGGAAAUGGGAGCGCUUCACUUUGGUUGGGAAGACAAAAACUUGAUUGUUGCUUCAGCAUGGAAGUUACCAAGAUAAUCAAUUGUGUUAGGCGAUAGACUCAUUCUAGUAUUAGUAAUCUAGUGUUUGCUUGCAUGCUUGUUUAGUCUGUAGAUUACUUCUGAUAUUCCUAUUGUGGUGUUUUCUUGCUUUUCCACAUGUAUACUAACGUACAAUCUUAAGCUAAUAACGAACUUUGAUUUUAUGUAA